AUGUUGAUCAAAGGAGUCAAAUACGCCUGUGAAAGAUGUAUCAGAGGCCAUCGUGUCACAACGUGUACCCAUUCUAAUGAACCAUUGACUAUGAUAAAACCAAAGGGGAGACCAGUGACACAAUGUCAACACUGUCGUGAAAAUAGAAAAUCAAAGAAUUUGCAUGUCUCAUGUACAUGUGGUAAAAAGGGCAAAAAUGGUUCACAUUUACCUUCAUGUGCCUGUCACAAGACUAGUCAUUGUACUUGUUCCACCAAUCUGACCAAGAAACCCACCGCAAAGGGUGAUAUUUACCAUAUGACUGCUUCGGAAAAGGCCAAAAAGAAAUCAUUAAUAGAUGCUGCUAAUGCCGGUUUAAAGAAAAGAUCAGAUUCUGUAUCAACAACUCAAUCAGGUACAAGUAGUGUCGCCUCCCCAUCGAGUGCUGCUUCUCCAAACAAAAAACAAUCGGUACCACCACCACCACAACAACAAAGAAAACAACAACUGACCCUGCCAAAUCAAUCACAACAAUCCGCACCACCAGCAUAUAAUUAUCUUCUGGACCAAAACUUUGUGAUAGAAGAUAUUGUUUUCCCAUUUAGCACUGACAAUGGAUUGUUUGAUAUGUUUUCUUCGAAUGCGACAUCAGAAGCAGGUGCUAGAGACUCUCAAAUAGCCACUGCCAGUAAUCUAGCAAGCGACAACUCAACUCCUUAUAAUCUUAAUUCCGAUGCAGGGAUCAGUUAUUCCAAUAAAGAUGUGGGGCUACCACUAAGUCCCAAUGAAACUGAAGCUGACCCCAUGUUCCCCUUAUUCCCCCUUGUAGGUACACAAAGUUUCGAUCGUGAAAACCAACCGCUUCUGGCAUUAUCUAAUGGGAAGGAACCACCACAACAACCAACACCAGUCAGACCUCAUGUUAGCACUGCCAUGAAUAAUAUUAGUUCUAACUCAUAUUCCUCGAUCCCAUCUGCAGUCGAAGUUAGUUCAAUAAAUCAUCUGCAAUCACGUCCUAAACGACCAGAAAGUGUUUUAUCUAUAGCAUCAAAUUCAUCAACUAGGUCAUUUGAUUUUUUUGGAAACACCCACACUAAUUAUAACUCAUCUUUUUUGAAUGGAAGUUUACCCACGUCUUCUACUUCAGCUGCAUUCCCUCCAUCUAAUGGUUUUGAUGAAAACAAUUUAACGAAUAUUAAUGCUGACGACCACAAUAAUAUGCAACAUCAUUUUGGAAGAACGGGUUUGGGCGCAGCUAAAUUUGGAUCUCAAUUGAGUAAAAUUGAGUCGGAAAUGUAUACCGAUAAUUUUUUCGAUGAUCCCCAGUCACAAAAUGUCGAUCAAUUACAGUUCCCUGAAUCAACAGCAAUACCAAAUUUGUACAAUGUUGCUGAGUUUAAUGGAAGUGAUAACUAUGCAAGUAGUAACCCCAGUAAUUAUGAUGUUAAUAAUAACUCCGACGUGAUCACAAAUGGCACUAAUAUGGAAAACAACAACGACCUAAAUUACCAAAACUAUAAUAAUGAAAUCAAAACUAACAUCAAAGAUAAUGGUAGCAGUGCUGUUGGGAACCUUAGUCAGGAUCGUGUAAUUUCGACGUCACUGCAACUUCCUGAUACUGCUGAUAUUGUUGUGCCCAAUUUAUAUAAUGUUCAAGAUAUUUUGAGUGAUUCCGCUUUUGAUGAUUUUAUACCUACGCUAGCGGGUAACAAUAAAGAUCAGAGUAAUAUAUAG